GGAGAGGAGACAAUCUGAAGCAGGUUCCAGGCUCUGAGCUGUCAGCGCAGAGCCCCACCCGGAGCUUGAACUCACGCACUGCGAGAUCAUGACCCGAGCCGAAGUCAGAUGCCCAUUUACUGAGUCACCCAGGUGCUCCCAAAAUGAAUGUUUUAGAAGUGAAUGAUAUACAGUUGGUGGGAGUGUCAACUCCCCCUCUGUGGAGAACAACUUAGCACUAUCAAUCAGAACGAAAAAUUGAACACACCCUUUAACAAGCUGUUUCAGUUCUACAAAUUUAUUCAUGUUCAUAGGCAUCAAAAAGCAUUACUAGGUUUAAAAACAAGUUAGGGCCUCGCUCUCCUUUAGGCCAGCCGCUGGUCGUCCCGCCCCAACCCCGCGGUCAAGGCGCCCCAAUGCUUGAGCGCGCCUUCCGGGCUUGGCCUUGGGGUCUGUAAGCCCGGCGCUCCGAAGACUCGCCGCGCUCCGGGCCUGUCACCGCACUUAACGCCCACCCGAGGCCGCCAGUCAACAACCAACAACCGAGCCACUUUUUCCAGGCUGGAUCCCAGUCCCCAGCCCCGCCUCGAGCCUUGUUCCCGCCCUUAAUCCCGCUCCGUGGUUUAGUUCCAGCCCCUAGCUCAUCCCUGGGUCUCCCGUCACCCCCCCAGGCUUGCCCUCGGGUCCCUAGUCACUGCCCCGUCAAGCCUCCGGGCUCUGCCCUAACCUCAGCCCCGCCCACAGCCUUGUCCCCGCCCUUGACCCCGCCUCCGGGUGCGUCACCGCCUCAGCCACGCCUUCCGGGCUCAGGCCUGGUUCCCAGCGUGUCCCCUGCGCUCCAUCCAGAUAGUGGGCGGGUCUGUCGCCGGGGCCCAACCCUGUUCCCGCGAGAGAAAAGCUGAAACUCUCCGCCGGCUGCUGGAGGCGGCGGCCUCCGCCUUGCCGGCACCCCCAGCCACCCGCCGCCUGCUGGCCCCCGGAGGGUGAGAUCGUGAAUCCCCUUACAGCCACAAGCGGAAGUGCGUGUCGGCGGGAUCAUGGCGACUUUGGCGGACCUGCCGGACUCAGUCCUGUUAGAGAUCUUCUCUUACCUCCCGGUCCGGGAUCGAAUUCGCAUCUCCAGGGUUUGUCACCGCUGGAAGAGGCUGGUGGACGACCGGUGGCUCUGGCGACACGUCGACCUGACUCUGUACACGAUGCGGCCUAAAGUCAUGUGGCACCUCCUUCGCCGCUACAUGGCAUCCCGGCUCCGUUCCCUGCGGGUGGGCGGCUACCUGUUCUCAGGCUCCCAGGCCCCCCGGCUGUCCCCCGCCUUGAUGAGGGCCCUGGGCCAGAAGUGCCCUAACCUGAAGCGUCUCUGCCUGCACGUGGCUGACCUGAGCAUGGUGCCCAUCACCAGCCUGCCCUGCACCCUGAGGACCCUGGAGCUGCACAGCUGCGAGAUCUCCAUGGCCUGGCUCCUCAAGGAGCAGGACCCCACCGUGCUGCCCUUGCUCGAGUGCAUCGUGCUGGACCGGGUCCCUGCCUUCCGUGAUGAGCACCUGCAGGGCCUGACGCGCUUCCGCGCCCUGCGGUCGCUGGUGCUGGGCGGUACCUACCGUGUGACCGAGACGGGGCUGGAUGCGGGCCUCCAGGAGCUGGGCUACCUGCAGAGGCUGGAGGUGCUGGGCUGCACCCUCUCAGCUGACAGCACCCUCCUGGCCGUCAGUCGCCACCUCCGAGAUGUGCGGAAGAUCCGGCUGACCGUGAGGGGCCUCUCUGCCCCCGGCCUGUCCGUCUUGGAGGGCAUGCCAGCCCUGGAGAGUCUGUGCUUGCUGGGCCCUCUCAUCACCCCAGAAAUGCCUUCCCCAGCUGAAAUCCUCUCUUCCUGCCUCGCCAUGCCCAAGCUCAGGGUCCUUGAGCUGCAGGGGCUGGGGUGGGAGGAUCAGGAGGCCGAGAGGAUCCUGUGUAAGGGGCUGCCCCACUGUAUGGUCAUCGUCAGGGCCUGCCCCAAAGAGUCCAUGGACUGGUGGAUGUGACUGCACCACCCAUCCAUGUUGGCUCUCAUGGGUGAGCCCCAGACCCUCUGGACAGCACCUUGCAGAGGGCCCAUAACCAGGUUGAGAGAGCCCAAAGCCACAAGGUAGAACGAAGGCCUUGGGGCCUCCGGA